AUGUGUCAUUGGAAAGACUUUAUUGUCUUCACACGAGAACAGGAGUGGGAUCAGUCCAGCAUUCGACUGCAGUGCUGGUGGCGGCAACUAAGUGCCAAGCAUGAGCUUGAAGUGCGCAAACGAGUCCGAAAGGAAAUGCAGCGAAGGCAAACAGCUUUUCUAGCUCUACUAGCGAGCAAACGACAACAGGCCGCGUGCAGAAUAACACGCUGCAUACGACGCUAUGCGCUUCAGCGUUCACAUGAGCGAGCAGUAAUACGGCAGAAAGCUGCGAUCUGUAUUCAGAAGUUCUGGAGGCAGUUGUGCACUCAGUGGGCGGCAAUACGUCGGGAGCUGCAAAAACAAAGGAGGAAUAAAGCUGCGGUAUGCAUCCAAAAGCACGUCCGACGGAUGCUUGCGCAGCGAAAGCGAAUGCUACUCAGUAAAAUUGACCACGUGGACAAGCGCCGCCGACAGAAAGCGCUUCAAAUUGCUGCACGAACAAAACACAUGAAAAUGCUUGGAGCUGCGAUUUCGAUACAGCGCGCGUUCCGUGGUUGGCAAGAAAAGCAAGUUUUGAUGCUCCGACGUCGUCGAGCAGCAUUCGAGCGUGACAAGAAAAAGAUACUCCAGGUACAAGCACAUUAUCGGGGCCAGCAAGCUCGAAGAUGGGUAAGCAAACACAAGCGUGGCGUUCACAAGGCUGUACGCAUUCUGCAGUGUUCAUGGAGGUGCUACCUUGCCAGAUGCGAGCUUUUACGGCGCAAGCGGGAAGCCUUAGCUCGAAGGAACCAGUUGUUAAAAGAGAUUGAAGAAGCUCGCCGAAAGCGACAGUCUAAUAUCCUCGCUCCGCUGCAGUUGCAAAAGAUGUGGGGGCAGAUCUCGCUGCUGAAAGCUGCCAAUGUAUUCCAACAGGGUGAUUCCUCGAACUCCCGCGAGGCUCAGGCAGCUCGAAAAUUACAGGCUCGAUGGAGAGGCAAGCAGAUUCGUAAGCGCCUUCGAUACGAAAAAGCGAAGGAAGCGGAGAAAUCACGGCGUGCUGUCAAUCGCAAACGCAGACUAGCCGCAGUUUGUAUACAAAAACGCGUGCGUGGAAUUAGAGGACGCGCUCGCGCUUGGGAGAUGAUGAAGGAAAGGAGUGCUGGACGAAUUCAGCGUGUGUGGAGAGGAUACAAAACGCGAACACGCCUCCUACAAAUGAGGUAUGCUAUCAAGAUGAUACGACGAAUUCAGACGCAUUGGAUAGCUCGCCGAAAUGUGGAGAACCAGCGCUUCCGUGCACUAAAUGCUACAAUUAUUCAGCGGGCAGCACGAAGGUUUAUUGGAAGAAGAAUGUUGUAUGAAGCCGUUCGAAGACGGCAAUUCCUAGCUGAGGAGAGCGCAGUCGGUAAAGUACUUGAAGAAAGGACCCGCAGCCGUGUGAAGGAUGAGCUGUUGCUGCAAAGUUUUACAUUCAAGGCGAUCAGAACUGCUGACGAAGGAGAUGGAAGUGCUCGGGAAGAAUCGCGCGUUGACCGAUCGCUUUACGUUGUCGACCUAGCGAAGAGACAAUGGAAGGGGAAGGGUUACGAUGGUAUUUGGCAGGAGGUUUUCCGAUACGCAGCCGGCAAUUCGCUCGAAAUGGAUAAUUCUCAUUUCGCAAGGUUUCUCAAAGUGCUUCCCCAUGCUUUCAUCCACAAGACCCACUUUCCCAUGCAGAACGCUGAUGUAAUUUUCGCAAAAAUGAAGGAGCCGAAAGCAAAGACAAUCUCGUUCCCGAGAUUUAACAAAGCGAUUCUGAUGUUGCUGAAGGAGAAGUUUGCAGAUGCAAACAACAAAGAAACUUCAAAAUCUGCUGAGCCGGUGGAAUCUGGUAGCGACCACGAGCACUUUCUUCGGUUUAUGAAUCGCUUCGUACUUCCGUCCACGAUCCAGAACGGGAAAUACAGAAAAAUGCUGGAGGCGCAUUGCACCCAGCGUUUGCUGUGGUCAGCAGCGGUUCUGCGGAGACUUGCGAGCCGAAUUACCAGCAAAAGAAUGCACGACAAUUUCGUGAUCGUCUAUCGGGAACAACACGUACAGAAGCACCGCAGCAGAUGUGCCUCUACGAUCCAGCUAGCGUAUCGCUGCUACAAGUUUCGCUUGCAAUUGAAGACGAUGCUCGCCGGUAUGUUUAUCGAGUUCAUCGAUCACACCGGUCGGACUGUGAAGUUCCAGCAUAUUGCCAGCGGAAAGGCCCUCACAAAGCGCCCAGUCUUCUUGAAGGGGGUAGUGUGCGGGAAGAUCGUUCCGUUGCCUUUCCCUGGUGAGGAAUUCCACGCGUUCUGUGAGCGGCACGAAGAUAGCACAAAUGCGUCAAGGAUUCCAGCCGAGGUUUAUUGCGUGGAGUGCGAAGAUACUAUGUGUAAAACCUGCUUCGAUAGGGAUCACAAGACUCGAAACGCGUUUCAGCGGCACCAACCACGAAAGAUCGAGAAGUGCAUUCACUGCGGUACGGAAACAGCAACACGAGAGUGCCUUCAGUGUGGCAAUGGCAGAGUGCCGUUUUGUGAUCCGUGCUUUCCGCACAUCACACACAAGUUCCAAGCUCUAGUGGUCAUGUGCGUGGAAUGCUCAGACCGAGUAGCCCAAUGGUCAUGCGAGACGUGUUUGGAUCUCUUUUGCAAGCGCUGUAUGAGUUCAUACCACGCGAAAGGCCAACGACAGUAUCACCACUGCCAUCGCUUAAGCUAUUUCUCCAUUUUGCGACUAAAAGCUGAACAAAAGAGAGAUGCUGAUGCUGAAAAGGAAAAGGAAAAGCGGAAGAAAUGGCGCGAGGAGGAGCGAAAACGACAAGAAGCAGAGCUUCAACGCCAAAAUCUUGCUGCUACGAAAAUGCAGGCAUUAAUCCGGUCAUUCGUCGCUCGGCAGUCCGGGAAAGCGUACAUGAAGCUUGUACGUCAAACACAAGCAGCGCGCGCUCAACGAAAGAAAGACGACAAAGUGCGGUCAUCCAUCGCGUACAAGGUGAAGGCUGUGUUUGGCGUAUCACCAGCACUGAAGUCCGAUACAAAGCAAGAGAUUGCUGCGCGCAAACAGCGGUUCGAUGAUAUCAAGCGCGCCCUGUUCCUCCAGCGGCGAUCUGGAGAUAAGUCUAAAGCGAAGAAGCGCUGGAGCAAGAAGCAAAAGGCUCGAGUGUUGGAGGCUGCUAGAACUUGGUGUGAUUACGACGAGCCGGUCAAGAUCCUGAAAGGAGAGUGGAAGAACUGCGUGGGAACGAUCGUGUCGACCCAGAACUUGAUGCUCACCGGGAGUGUCCUUGUGUUUGUCUCUCUGGCCAAUCGCUCUGUCGUCGUUCGGUGGGAGGACAUCGAGCCCUACGACCAAGACGAAGCUUUGCGCCAGGAGUACGUACCACCAGGCCAACUAGCGGUGAACGUCACGCGAGACUUUUACGCCAAGAUCUCGCGUAUAUUGGAAGGUGCUGUGCGGAAGGCACGCUUGCUGUAUUUGCAAACGAUCGAGUUCAACCGUAUCAUGCAGUACGCAUGGGUGGUCGAGUACGACAAGCGGGAGCAGAAAGUGGAGUAUUGGAACGUGGUGCUUAACCGGCGUGUGUCAACACCGCCCAAAGCAAUGGAAUUAAUCGAGCGCAUGGAGCCGGAAGACCGGGAAAAAUUGGAGAAGCGAGUGGAGCUGGCACGAAGCAAACUCGUCGCUCUGCUAAACCCGUUCCAGCCGAAGAACAAGCCCAAGCUGGCACUGCGACGGAAUGCCGUUGUAUUCGUCCCGAGUGGAAUCGUCGUGGAGGAGAGCAACGCUUCGCUGGCAUCUUUGAAGCUCGAGAUGGAGGCCAUCGAUGCCGCUCGCUUCUGGCACGACAAGGUCAUCGCCAACCGGCAGCUCGGCAGUCGGAAGGCGCGCAAAUUCCUCGCUGCGUCUUCGUCCAAGGCGUGCUGGUGGGUGGUGAAGCUGUUCGUCUGGAUGGAUCUUCACGCGGAGGGCGGCUUUGAGCCCAACGCGAGGAAGCUGUUCAACCUGUCCGAGGAGCUGCAGGUGUAUGUGGUGCGGGAGGUCAGCGACCGCUUCCAGCAGUCCGGCGACCCCAAUCUUGCGAAGGACAAGCUGGUGCAAUUGACCACGUUGAAGAUGGCUACGCUGCAGCUGCUGGUGACCAAGGACCAGCGAGACGCCGAGGAGGAGGAGGCCCGGCAGGCGCAGUGA